GAAAUAGUGGCUUUGGAGAAGCUUGCUUUACUAGACUGUGAGAAACACCCACUGUCUCCGUCCCGCUGUCAGUACUCCAGACUCCCGCUGCUGUGUACGUGUCGCCCGGUAGCUCUGUCCGGAAUGUAUGUACCGCCAACCGGAACACGUCGGUUUGUUGACGGCUCGGUUUCCAGCGGUCAGGAGCUCGCUCGGUGGUCCGACUUCUGAUGCUAGCGGGGAGGCUAGCUGACGGUUUGACACGAACUCAGGCUAACGUCACUGAAGAUCUAAGGAGAGACUCAAUGUGUUUUCGGAGUCUCUGAGAAGUUUGUCUAGCAACAUUGUUAACAUUCUGGAGCUGAACCUAAACUCUGAUCUCAACCUACUCACGUGUACUAGCUGGUGCUAACUUGCUCAUAAGCACAUUUGAAGGUAAUGCUCCUGAACGCAACCUUGGCAGCUCCAAAUGUUGCCAGGUUGAACCAAAGACAUGUAGAGGAGAAGCCUGACUUCUAAAUGGCAGGAGGGGUCACCCGUGGUAUUCAGCUGCACUGCCCCAGCACACCCACAGGUGUGUCUGUGGCCUGAGGACAUAUUUGAACAAGUAUUACAACUUCAGCACUGGCAGUUCAUGCAUGCUUUCCCAAUAAGGGAGUCAGAUUAGCUGAGAGUCUCUGCAUCUUAAUUCAACUCCAACAAGCUCUGUGAGAAAGCAUGACAGCUGUGGUGAGCAGAGCGUGGGGGUGGGUGCGCUCCUGGGGGGGCAAGAGUGCUUUGUCAGAGAAUAACAUAGAGGUGAGAGGGGGCCAGGAGCAAGGAGUCAGCAAACAGGGCCAGAGGGGCUGGACCUCCUGGAUCUGGGGAGGGUGGAGGAGUGAGAAAAGCAGUCCGGCGGAGGAGUUCUGGGAGGCGCAGGAGAAGCUUCUGCCAAGAGAAGUUGAAGUCCUCAGCGCCAGGCAACAGGUGACCAAUCCAGAAUCUAGAUGGUGGAAUAAGUAUCUCCCAACUUCUUACAUUUCAUGGCCAGAAAAAGGCGAGCCAAGCGGACUGAGACAGAGGAAACGGGAUGGAGGUACGAGUGACGGUGACGGGGAGGGGGACUUCUCCGACUACGGGACGCCUCCUCCCUCUCCCACGCCCCCUUCCUCAUCUCCUUUCCGACUCUUUGCUAACAGCUGGAAGGUGGACAUCCUCCCAGAGCACUACGACAUCUGCUUCAACUUCCUGCGCCACCUGUUCGAUCUGUUUGUGGUGGGCUUCCUGUGGACGGUGUCCCCCCCCACCAAGCUGAUCCUGGAGGUGUUCGGGGUGCAGGGGCCUCUGAGGCUGUGGCUGCACGGCAUGGCCAUGUUUUUCGUGUCUUCGGUGGGAAUGGCGGGGCUACUCUGGCUGAUCCAGGAGUACCUCCCUCAGUUCGCCCUGAUCUACGGCAUCAUCCAGGCGCUGGUGAUCUCCGUCAGCGUGCGACAGAGCGUGAUACUCGGCGGGGAGGAGGAAGAAGAAGAGAAGGAAGAAGUUGAGGAGGAGGACAAGGAGACGGAGGAAAAGAAAGACAGUUUGGAAUGUGAAGAAAAGCUUGUGUCUGUAAAAGACAAAGUGAAGACGAGUUAGAUUUGAGGCUGAGGAGCUGCUGUGUGUCAGCUGAUGAGGACCUCCAACUGGACCACACACACACACACACACACACACACACACACACACACACACACACACACACACACACACACACACACACACACACACACACACACACAGCUGCCUGGCUUAAUAACUGUUGCACCUUCAUUACACUCCUGCCAGUUCUGCUCAUAUCACUUUGUUUAACACUAAUGAACUGUGUGUAUGGAUGUCUGUCCUCACUUGGUCUUAAUGCUGUCACCACAAUAUCGACAUUACAAGGUUGAGUAACCACUACUACAACGCAAUGAAUAUUGAAGCCGCAUGUCGGGUCAAGAAGAGAAAGCAUAUUGAGGAAGUGUUGCAAUUAAUUUAGCUAACAUUUCAUUUCCUGACUUAGGGAAACGUUGUUUUCUGAUUCACCCUGAGAGAGUUUGGGACCAGGUUAUUGCCUUUGGUGAAUUUUGAGAGGGAAUCGACAAAACCAACACAGCCCGAAUGCCUCGGAGAGAAGGAAAGAAAUGUGAAUCAAGGUUUUUAGUACGACAGAUAUAAAAAUCUUCAGCUUCUAAGAGGUAAACAUUCAAAGUUAUCCAUAUUAAGCGAAUUUGGAAUCAUAAAGGUCUAUCCAGUCGAAGUGCACUUCAAACACUACCUGCUAAAUAUCAUCCCAUCUUUAAUUGAAUUCAACUGAAGCUUGAAGCACUGAAAAUAAGCAUGGGUUUCUGUCCCAACUCCAGCUGGCUCCAACUAACGUUACCACUAGAAAACACGGCACAAAGUUGAAAGCAGGUAUGAGAUUGAAUUGAUAGUUUGUACAGAAAUCCUACGACCACAAUAUUGCUUAUCAGUCUGUGAUUAACCCACUUAGUAUCUAUUUAUGAACCAACCAAUCAGACCUGUGACAUCACAUCCCUGUUUUUGGGGCGGGGUUUAUUCAACAGAAGGCUAACAUCCACAUAUGGAGACGUUCUGAGGAAGCAGUAACUACACCGUAUCCAAGCCAUGAGAAAUGUUGUCUCUUAAAAAUAAAAAAAUAUAUUUUCAAACCGAAGACUAAAUGAAUGGAAUGCGAUGGGAGUCUUUUUUGAGGAACGAGCAUCUAACAGCCAUAGAGGAACACUCAGCUGUGAGUGCCUCUCUCUACAUAUCAGUCUGUUUGCAGCGCAGAGUGCUGUUGUGAACCCGGAAAGAGUAACCAAAAGUUUUAUGUUAGAAAUGUAAAGUAGGGAUCCCCAGCACAUAGAAACUGCCGGAAGCUAAUCUGCAAAUGUUGGGCAAUUUGUACAGUUGGCAUAAGUUGCAUUAAUUAGCAUUAUGGCCUAUGCAGACAAUAGCUAAAUUGGGUUUGCCAAGUUGGCCAAUUUUGGAGGGGCUUUGGGGGUGAUUGAGGAUGUUGAAUCAAUUCCUGACCUUUCCAGGUUCCAUAAUGGCAGUUUUAACCAGAAAGUGGCCAUACUUGUACUCCCGGUGGGCUGAUCUUCAUUCAUUUUGGGUCGAUUUUAAAGUUGUAGGGGACUCAAAACUUCCAUUUGCUAUCCUUAACAUUUCAGAAAUGGAUUACAUAUUCAAUAUACCAUAACAACUGCAGAAAUCAGCCAAGCUAUUUCAUAGCUAUUGUCUGCAUAUGCUAUUUAAAGCUAAUUAAUUCUACUUAUGCUAAUUGUGCAAAUGACCCAACAUAUGUGAGUUAGCAUCCUGCAGUUUCUAUCUCCUACUAUAUUGUUCUACUAUACAUUUCUAACAUAAAACGUUGGGGUACUCAACAACGGGUUCACAGUGCUGGAAAGUAGACUUUAUAAACGUGUUUUGUACUUGAUAUAUGUUCAUAAGAGCCGAUGCCCUGUGGAAGAGAAGAGACAUUUGUUGAAGACUUGACCAUGUACAAUGCAUGAUGUCCUUGACAUUGAGGAAAGACUCAAUAUGCUCCUUGCUCGUUCCAUGAAUCAGAAAUGUGACACAUAACGCCAGCAGCACACGUCCAUGUGUCAUGAUAAGUUUGUUGCCUUUGGUUCUUAUCUGUGCCAUGAUGCUUGUUUCAAACUUUACUCGUUCCUACCAGUAUGUGAUUUCUGGACUUGAAUUGAUGUCAUGCUUUAGAGUUAAAGGUACAACAGUGAAAGUGCACAAUAGCAUGUUUUUCUUACACUCUGUUGUGUUUAAACAUAUGUGACUUGUAUUACACAUUCUCUCUCACAGCAUAUGUGUAUCAUUUGUUAUCCAGAAAGCACCGUUAGUAUCACAGCCUGUCAGAUGGAAGCGUUUGUGUACACUUCUAUACAAUACAAGUGUAAAAAUCUAAUUUGUAUUACAAAGCAGAACCACUACCAACAAUAAAAAGUGAUUUCCAGUGUAUCCCUAAGCAUAACACCGCCAUAAAGAUAUUACAGUGAACAUUACAUGCUCCCCUUUAGGUUUUGGAAAGGCAAUGAAAUUAGAAUCCUGAGCCUUUUUAUAAAGAGCUGAAACAAUCGGUCAACAGAAUAUAUAUUUGCAAAUAUUUUGAUAUUAUUGUUUGAGACUUUUUCAGAAACUAGAGGUGGAGAAAUCAAUAAUGAGAAUACUAGUUGCUGCCCUUUCUUCAAUAGAAUGAUAUUGUUAAUUAAUUAAUGAGUUCAUAUAAAAUGUCUUUCACUAACAAACUAAAAAUAGGCGUUCCAAAAGCUUGUUGACAGUUAAGUUUGCACAUUAUCUGCAAAAAUGAAAUAAAACCAUCCAUUUCACUUCCUUUUGAUUGGAAUGAUGGUAGUGUUGUGCCAAGGAGAGUACUCAGAAGAUCAUUAGGACCCUUUUGAUUUUCAUUUAAGAAGAAUUCAUCUAAUGGGAUUCAUCUCAGAAUUCUGGCAUUUUUUUGAUUUGCUCGGAUCUCAAAAAUAAUUUCACAUGUGGCCCUAAUGCCUUUUCAGUAUUUUACAAACAAAACAAUAGGAUUUCAAAAUUGUAUUUUGCUAAAUGAAAUUUGACCCAUGUGUACAUCUGUGUUGCCUUUAAUUCAUCACAUAUUCCAGUAAUAUGGUGAGGAAAGCUAUUUUGAUAAGAGCAGCAGACACACUGACUGCUGGACCACUGUAUAUCUGUGCUGUCAUUUAACCAACAAGUGAACUAACUGUACUACGCUACACUGAGGCUCAAUAAAUAUUCCCUUUAUUAAACUGUCUGAUUGUAUUUAUCUCCUACACUCUUAUUUUACACACUUUAAAGGUCACCUAUUAUGCAAAAGGCACUUUUUGAUGUAUUUUAUACAUAAAUAUGUGUCCCCGGUGUGU